AUGAAGAAAGUUGACCUUGUCUUCAUCCCUGGAGCAGGCGCAGGUCACCUAGUUCCCUAUAUUGAGUUUGCAAAGCGUUUGUUGGAUUCAGAUGAUUAUUUCUCAGUGACUGUUCUUCUCAUGGGUUCUCCUUUUGGCCCCCCUCCUUCAGCUGCACACACUAAAUCACUUGCAGAAUCUAAUACUUCAAUAAGAGCUUGUGUUAAAGAAGCUAUUGUCAAGGACGUGCUUUCUAGUUCUAACUCAACUCCACUUGCUGGCUUGGUAGUUGAUUUCUUUUGUACAACAAUGAUAGAUGUGGGAAAUGAACUUGGUGUUCCUUCUUAUUUGUUCUCCCCUUCUAGUGCAGUUGCUGUUGGUCUUUUGCUGUACCUUCCAACUCGACAUGAUCGAGUUGGAAGAGAAAUUGAAGAGUUUGAUGGCGAUUUGGUGAUCCCUAGUUAUGUUAAUCCAGUUUCAAGCAGUGCUAUGCCUGACGUUUUGUUGAACAAGCAUGGUGGCUACACUACAUUUAUGAACCAUGGAAAAAGUUUCAAGGAGACCAACGGGAUUAUUGUCAACACAUUUGAGGAGCUGGAAUCUCAUGCGGUUAAGUCUUUGAAGAAUGAUUUUGAUCAUAUGCCACCUGUUUACACAGUUGGACCGAUGAUUGAUCUCAAGAGUGAGAGUGACAAGUUAGUUCUAGAUGUGACAGAAAGAGAUAAGAUCAUGAAAUGGCUUGAUAAUCAACCUGAUUUAUCAGUUGUUUUCUUGUGCUUUGGAAGCCAGGGGAGCUUUGGAGAAGAGCAAGCGAAACAAAUUGCAAUCGGAUUGGAGCAANAACCAUCAAUGUUGUACCACGUUCCAAAAAUACUGGAUGACAAUNCACCAAAAGAUAAAUUUGAAAGGCCCAAUGAUUACAAGAGUGAUCAUCUCCGGGAGGUUUUGCCAAAUGGGUUCUUGGAAAGAACAAAGAAGAUUGGUUUGGUUUGUGGAUCGGCUCCACAAAAGGCGGUGUUGGCUCAUAAAUCAGUAGGGGGAUUUGUGUCACACUGUGGGUGGAAUUCAAUCUUGGAAAGCUUGUGGUUUGGUUUUCCAACUGUGACAUGGCCUAUGUAUGCUGAGCAACAGAUUAAUGCAUUCCAAAUGGUUAGAGAUUUGGGAUUGGGUGUGGAGUUAAGAUUAGAUUAUAGGAUCAUGAAUGGGGAAGUUGCGGUCACAGAUGAGAUAUCAGGAGCUAUCAAAUGUGUGAUGGAGAGUUAUAAUGAGGUGAGGAAGAGAGUUAAAGAGAAGAGUGAAAGGAGCAGAUUAGUAGUAGUGGAGGGUGGAUCUUCAUAUGCUGCAUUUGGAGACUUGAUUGAUGAUAUAUUAAGAAACGAAGCCAUGAAAGAGACAUAGUCUUGUUUAUUCAUAUUUAAUCCAUUUUCCUGAAAGAGUUUCAAGUUUGAAAGUUCUCGAUGAAAUAUUUUUGUCUACUAUUGUUUCAUUUUCUAUGUUGUUGAAGCUUCUUGUUCUUAAUUUUAGAUUUUUAUUCGAUUUA